AAAUUAAAAAAAAAAAAAUUCAUUUCUAGUUCCUCCUUUUAGUGUCUUGAUCGUCUCGCUGAGAGAUUUGUUGUUCUGGAUCUUUUGGGGGAAAAAUGGCAGCGAUCUACAGUCUUUACAUAAUCAACAAAUCUGGUGGUUUGAUAUUUUACAAGGAUUGUGGAACGAAGGGAAGGAUGGACACAAAUGAUUGCUUGAGGGUAGCCAGUUUAUGGCACUCAAUGCACGCCAUUUCUCAGCAGCUUUCUCCUGUCAAUGGCUGUUCUGGCAUCGAGCUUCUCCAAGCCGAUACCUUUGAUCUCCAUUGUUUCCAGUCUCUCCCAGGAACAAAGUUCUUUGUGGUUUGUGAACCUGGAACUCCUCAUAUGGAGAGCCUCCUUAGAUACAUUUACGAACUCUACACCGACUACGUCUUGAAGAACCCUUUCUAUGAGAUUGAGAUGCCUAUUCGUUGCGAGCUUUUCGACAUCAACCUCACUCAAGCUGUUCAGUCUGAUCGCGUUGCUCUCUUAGGACGUUGACCUCCACAAGAUUGAUUCUCUGCUGUGAUCUCUUACCUCUUUGCCUUUUUUUUGUUUUGUUUCCUCUAGUCUUCUUAUAACAUUUUAUAUCCGACAAACACUUGAACAUUGCAACAAAACCUUUGUGUGUUUUUUUUUUUAAAUGCCAAGAAAGAGCACCUAAGUUCAUAGUCUAUAA